AAUCGUAAACUCAAUUUCCCCUGAUUCACAUAUACUCUCCCAAAUUCUCAAUUGCAAUCCCAAACCCUACCCUCCUCUCCUCUCCUCUCACACACACCACAGCCUUCCUUGCCUUCUCGCCGUUGCUGCCUUGCCUCACCGAAUUCAUUAUUGAGUCUUUCUCACCUCUGAUGUCCGUAGCUUUCCGCGUUCUAGGUUACCGCUCUCUUUUGCUGACACCUUCCAUAGUUGAUUCUCGUUCCUUGUUGCAACAUUCCAGAUUCCAACACUCAAGAUUGAUGGAAAGUCAUCGCGUUGCAGCUGGAAACCCCAGUUAUGUUACCUCAGCUCAUUAUAACAAAGGUAGUGGGGGCAGAGGUAGAGGAAUCGAGACGAAAGAUAACCGCCAAAGAUCAAGAGGGAAUGGCAGAUCCUCUUCGGGAAAUGAUAAGAUUAAUGCACUUGGCAGACUGCUAACGCGCAUAUUGAGACACCAGGCCUCUGACUUGAAUCUGGAUAUGAGGAAUGAUGGUUAUGUCAAGGUCCAAGAUCUGCUUAAGUUAAAUUUGAAAACUAUGGCAAAUAUUCCAUUGCGAUCACACACAGUUGAAGAAAUUAGAGAGGCUGUCAGACAAGAUAACAAACACCGGUUUAGCCUAUUGGAAGAAAAUGGAGAGCUUUUGCUACGUGCAAACCAAGGUCACAGUAUAGUGACAGUGGAAACAGAGAGCCUGUUGAAACCUAUACUUUCACCUGAAGAAGUUCCAGUUUGUGUGCAUGGAACCUACAAGAAGAACUUGGAAUCAAUCCUAAGGGAAGGUCUCAAGCGCAUGCAGAGGUUACACGUGCAUUUCUGUAGUGGCUUGCCAAGGGAUGCAGAAGUUGUUAGUGGUAUGAGGCGAGAUGUUGACACGUUAAUCUUUCUCGAUGUGAGAAAAGCUAUGGAAGAGGGAAUGAAACUUUUUGUAUCCGACAACAAGGUGAUUUUAACCGAGGGUUUUGAUGGAGUGGUGCCUGUGAAGUACUUCCAGAAGAUAGAAUCUUGGCCUCAAAGACGGCCCAUACCUUUUUAGAUGGCAAUGGAUAUUCCAAUUGAAUUUCUCUUUCAAGGUAAAACACGAUGAUGCUUAUCUAUGCACACGCGGACGAUCUCCAUUUCCUUGUACGAAACAUUACAGAGAAGUGUGUUUAUCUGCUCCAAUGACUGAGAACCAUGUUUCAGCAUAAUCUUUAUCCUAAAUGUGUAAAUACUCGAGUAUUAUAUUGCCAUUGCUUUUUUUGCUUC